CAAACUCGCCGGGUACCGACGCUUCUCCGACCCGGUCAGCGCCCGGCCGCCGCUGCCGCCGAGCGUUCCCCGCUCACCGCAGCGUCCCUGUAGAAGCGCGAGGUCUCAUCCUUCCCACGCACGCGUCGGUGAGCAGCUAGCUACCCUCGUGCCCCGCUCGCAGCCGGCGUAGGGCGUCCGGCAGCCGCGUUCGUUGACACGCACCGCGCACGGAUGCCGCGGUGCCUCGCUCGCUGAGGCGGCCGAGAGAGCGGGUGAGAGGAACGGGAUCCUGGUUGGUCCGCGAGGUGGCGGCCUCCAUAGAGCUCGGAUCCAUGGGCUCGUCCUCCCAGCACGAUUCGAUCUCCGCACCAGGAAGUUUGGAGGGUAUUGAUUGUCCUGGCAGCGGAAGCAGCAUCAGCAAGUGGGACAAAAUGAGGAGCACAAACUCUUGGAGAUGGUGCCUAGGGUUGAUUUACAUCGUUGCUGUUGCGAGCAUAUGGAUUGCUGCCAGCUACAUCGUGCAGUCUGUGGUGGAUGGUGGUGUUUCUCCGUUCUUGAUCACCUACAUAUGCAAUUCUCUGUUUGUUAUUUACAUCCCAAUAGUCGAAGUUGCUCGAUACUUCGAGGAUUCUAUCAAUAACUUUUGGACGAAGUUGAAAUGCAAGGAUAGUGAAAGCCUGCAGCAGUCCAAUGAUCUGGAGAGUGUGAAUCUUCUCCAGAGUGGUGGACACAAACAUGAGGGCAUUGCUACCUCAGAUGAAUCACAAACUACAUUGCCUGAAGACACUUUGGCUCGAGCAAGCUUCCCUGCCCAGACAGAGCUAAGUGUUGCAGAUUGCAACGAAGGAUUGGAUGCAAAAGGGCGCUGGACGCGUGCUCGUGUGGCCAGAGUCAGCAUGGUAGUCUGCCCUUUUUGGUUCCUUGCACAACUUACAUUCAACCUGUCUCUAAGAUACACCACUGUUACGUCAAACACGAUCUUGAGCAGCACAUCAAGCCUCUUCACUUUCUUGGUUGCAUUAAUAUUUCUUGGAGAAACAUUCACAUGGUUGAAGCUAAUCAGUGUGCUUCUCUGCAUGGGAGGUACAAUAAUUGUCAGCCUGGCUGAUUCGGGUAGUAAAAUUAAUUCUAUUGCCACAAAUCCUCUUCUGGGAGACUUCCUUUCUAUUGUUUCUGCUAGUUUGUAUGCUGUGUAUAUCACUUUGAUACGGAAAAAGUUGCCCGAUGAGAAAGAAGGCCAAGGCCAAGUGAGUAUGGCUCAGUUUCUGGGAUUCCUGGGACUGUUUAAUAUGUUGUUUUUCCUUCCUGUUGCAUUAGUGUUGAAUUUUGCCAAGCUGGAGCCAUUCCACAGGCUGACAUGGGAACAAGUUGGUCUUAUUGUCGGAAAAGGUUUGUUAGACAAUGUUUUGAGCGACUACUUGUGGGCAAAGGCGAUCCUUCUCACAACAACUACAGUUGCUACAGCUGGCCUCACAAUUCAAGUUCCAAUUGCUGCCAUUGUGGACACGCUCAGUGGUCAUGCUCCUCAUCUACUGAACUAUAUCGGAGCUGCUGCUGUAUUGGUCGGUUUUGCUGGGAUCAACAUCCCAGCUGAUUCUCCACAGUCUGCACAACUUGAGCAGGAAACUCCAAUUGUUAGCAUGGUUGAUGACCCUCUUCAUUUGCCCAGCAAUAGAAAUGCUACCGAUGCUAUCUCAUAGUACCAGCCCGACUUGUUUGUUCAGAGUUCUUGCCACACCGUGUAAUCAUCAAGCAACUAUACCAAGGGUUGGACAGACCAGCAUAGUCACUGUAAUUUUUCCCCCUCGAGCCAUGGCACCAGGACAGAGGAGAUGCAAAGUUUGUUUAGAACUUUGAACAGCAAGCGUUUUGUGCUUUGUAUAUAUCUUGUAAUUCUUUACAUCUGUGCAACCAAGUCUCAGAUGGAAAAAGUAAAUUCCAUUUGUUUGUUUCGGUAUGCGUUUUGUGGUUUGCAGAAGGGUACACAUUGCUGAAAUUUGCUGUACCUGGUAAAAUGUUGUUAUUUGUUAUGGCAAUGUUAACUGAACUAAUGUAAUAUUGGAUUUCAAGCCUUA